AUGGAGACGUCAAAGAAGAAAGCUGUAAGUGGGAAGCGGUGUAUUGCGGCUGGCUGCAGCAACACAAACACAGCCGGUGUUUCAUUGUUUAAAUUCCCGAAAGAUGACAGUCAAGCUUUACUAUGGAACAGAGAGGUCAAGCGAACACGGUUGGAUUGGACCACACACACAAAGUACAGUGUAUUAUGCAGCAAUCAUUUCGAAAGAUCGUGUUUCGAAGAGGGUCCCUUGCUUAGGGCAGAGAUGGGCAUCGCCACCACCCGUCCACUGGUGCUGAAGAAAGGUGCGGGGCCAACUAUUUUCAACAUACCACGGCCAGGCAUCAGUGGCAGUGUCACUGUCAGUGCUCCCAGUGCCAGUGCUUCGACAAGUUCAGACCACCCCACCCCCUCCACAAGUGGACAGAUCGUGCCCACGUGGUCUGCAUUUGCCAAAAGGGAAAGGAAAGGGACAAUAGAUCAGAUCAUGGCCAGAACGACUACGGCAUCAGUGGUGGAUGAACCAAUGGCAACGGCACUAGAUUUGCCUGAUGAGGAGGGCGAUCAAGAUCAGGGAAGUGAACAAGGAUGCCAGAGGGACUGGGUACCGAUUGGGACAGCACCAACGCCAAUGACUAGUAGCAGGAGCACCCGAACAGGGAAAAUACAUCAUAGAUCAAAGGACAUCCAUCAGCUGAUUGGACACCAAGAAGGAUGUCUCCUUCCUCUGCAGGGGGGCGACUUCACUGUGGAGCGCGGCUAUCCACAGCCACCCUUUGUAAAAGAAGAGGAGGAUCCACAGCCCCUUGAUAUUAAAGAGGAAAAGGAGGAUACGCAGCAUUCCCAAGACGUCCAGCAGCCCCCCCACAUUAAAGAGGAAGAGGAGGAGCUCUGGAUCACUCAGGAGGAAGAGUGUCUUCUCGGGCAGGAGGAGGCUGAUCUCACCAAGUUUCCACUGACUGUUGUCUCGGUGAAGUCUGAAGACCAUGAGGAGAAACCACCUGAGUGCUCACAGCUUCAUCACAGUCCAAAUGUCUGUGAAGAACGUCUUCUCCCUGAGCAGCGGGAGUGGACCUCCAGGAUGAAGCAGGAGGAGCCACGGCCCCCACACAUCAAAGAGGAAGAGGUGGAGCCUCAAGACCCACACAUCAAAGAGGAACAGGUAAAGCUUCAAGACCCACACAUUAAAGAAGAAGAGGAGGAACACAGCAUCAGUCGAGAGGAAAAGCACAUCGAAGAACUGGAGAAAGUUGGUGUCCCCAAGAAGCCAUCGACUGUCACUGUGAAGAGUAUCAGAAUCAAAAUCAAAAUCAGAAAAGUUUAUACCGCCAUUUUUUGAGAAUGGGUUCACCAACUAGGAAUUUUACCUGGCGCACUCGUGCAACAUAAAAGACAUGACACAGAAUAGAAUAACAUGAUCAGAUCUUGUUAUUGUUCACGUGUCUGAUGACCGAGGGGGAAAAACUCUUCAAGUGGCGGGAGGUGUGGGUCUGGAUGGACCGUAGUCUCGUGCCUGAGGGGAGAUGGGAGAAUAUUUUGUGUCCAGGGUGAGAAGAGUCAGCUGUGGUCCGACCCACACACCUGGUCCUGGAGGAGAACAGGUCCUGGAGGGGUGGGAAUUUGCAGCCAAUCCCCUUCUCAGCAGCACGUACCAUGCGCUGCAGUUGAUGCUUGUCCCGGACUGUGGUUCAGGGGAACCACACGGUGAUGGACGAGGCGAGGAUAGACUCGAUGAUUGCUGAGUAGAACUGCACCAGCAUCUCAGUCGGCACUUUCAGUAUUUUCAGCUGCCGCAGGAAGUACAUCCUCUGCUGGGCUUUCUUGAUGAGGGAGCUGAUGGUCGGCUCCCACUUGAGGUCCUGGGUGAUGGUGCAGGUGGUGCCCAGGCAACGGAUGGAGUCCACAAUAGAGACGGGGUUGGGAGAGUCAAUCGGGGUGAGGGGGGACGGUGGGGCUGUGACUUUCCUGAAGUCCAUGAUCAUCUCCACUGUUUUCUGGGCGUUCAGCUCCAGGUUGUUGAGGCUGCACCAGGACGCCAGCCGGUCCACGUCUCUCCUGUAGGCAGACUCGUCGCCAUGAGCCCGAUGAGGGUAGCGUCGUCCGCAAACUUGAGCAGGUUUACCGACUGGUGACUGGAGGUGCAGCAGUUUGUGUACAGGGAGAAGAGCCAGGGGGAAAGUACACAGCCCUGAGGAGUACCAGUGUUCGUGGUUGGACCGUCCGAGACAAUCUUCCCCAGUCGCACGUCCUGUCCUCUGUCCGUCAGGAAGUCAUUGAUCCAACUGCAGAGGGGGUCAGGCACGCUGAGCUGGUAGAGCAUGUCUCGUAACAGUCCAGGGAGGAUGGUGUUGAAGGCAGAGCUGAAGUCCACAAAUAGGAUCCUGGCAAAGGUUCCUAGGGAGUCCAGAUGCUCCAGGAUGAAGUGGAGAGCCAGGUUCACUGCAUCAGCCACAUACCUGUUGGCUCUGUAGGUGAACCCUAGUAGGUCCAGGAGGGGGGCGGUGAUAUCCUUGAGGUGGGGCAGGACCAAGCGCUCAAAGGACUUCAUGACAACAGACUGCAGCGCCACCGGCCAAGUCAUUAGGUCCUGUGAUCCUAGCUUUCUUGGGGACAGGGACGAAGGUGGAGGUCUUGAAACAGGACGGCACAAGUUACAUAUUUAAUGGAUAGUUAAUUACUGUAAUUUUACAUGAAUUUGGAAGGAAUUUGAGAAAACAGAAAAUGAUGUUUGAUUAAUUUGGUAUUUUUCAGUAAAAAAAAUUGAAAUAUA